CUGCUUUUUUGCUUUUCUAUUGAAAAAAAUUGAAAAGUACGGGAGAAUAGUAGCUGGAGUGAAAAUAAAUAAGCAACCGUUAAUGUUAAUAAUUGGCUUACACAAGCUAAAAUGCAAUUGCAAAAAUUAAUCUUUGCGUAAACGAAAAUAGUAUUACAUCUGCAGGUUUUCAAAAUAAAAUACGCAAAAGAAAAACAUUCAACUAAAAAAGAAUUGUUGGCUGCGAGAGGGGAAACAGGAGCAAACAAGCGGUAGUGGCAGCGAAAACAAAAAGUGCGAAAAUAAAGCAAAAUACAUAUAGAGUGCUUGUGAAAAGAUAUUUUAAUAGAUAGAUUAAUAAAGAACUAUAAAUAAAAAUUGCAAAAUAAUUGCCAAAAAUUUUACGGGCCUGCAAAUGCAACUUGUAAGCCAGAACAACAAGAACAAAGAACAACUACUUUUACAAGAGCAAAAAUACCAGCAACGAAAGCGACAACAUCAAAGACAACAAGAACAGACCUCAUUAAUAAAACGAUAUAAAACGCAGUUUGAUCCACUUUUAUAAUUACGGACAUCUAAGUGAAACGGGAGAGGGAUAGAGAGAGGAUACAAUUACACGAAAAAAAGUUGCUACUAAAGCUUUCGAACAAUAAAGGAGAUUGCUGGGGUCGGUUAUCAUAUAAACAUAUUCCCCUUUCCGAUCGUUAUUACAUAACAUAUAAAACAGGCUGCUGUCACAAUAAUGGCAACAACCACAUACACAUUAUCGAUGCUAUUGUUAAAUGUAUGUUUUUUGCUCUUCGACAUAAUUAAUGCUCAUAUCUUGGUCUAUCGACGCAUAAACAAUCAGGUUAUUUUGAUUGAGGAAUACGAUGACAUGCCAGCACAAUUCGGUGGGAGUAUACCAGCUAAUGGUCUUAAAGUUUUUGGUAUAGGAGCGGAAGAGGACAAGUACGCCUGUCAUUCAAUUAACCCGCCACCAAAAUCAAAAAGAAACUUUCCUAGCAAUGCAAAAUUUGCAGCUAUCAUAGAAAGAGGAGGCAACGAAUGCACUUUUGAGCGAAAAGUACGCUAUGCUCAAGCGGCGAAUUUCGAUGCUGCAAUUAUUUACAACAACGAUAGUGAUGAUUUGGAACACAUGUCUGCACUAAAUUCGUCAGGUAUUCGGAUACCAUCCGUUUUCGUUGGUCACACCACAGGUAUAAGUUUGCAAUCACAUCCAUUAGGAGAAAUCGUAUUGGUUAUCAACGACGAACUGCCUUUUAACAUUAACACACAAUUGAUUUUACCCUUUUCUAUAUUGAUUGGUCUUUGUUUUCUUAUAAUGAUAUUUUAUAUGAUUUACAAGUGCAUACGCGAAGAGAGACGUUUGAGACGUUAUCGUUUACCCAAACGCAUGCUGAAAAAAUUGCCAAUUUUGAAAUACACGAAAAAUAGUGAUCUCGCGUAUGACACUUGCGUCAUUUGUUUGGAUGAGUUUGUUGAAGGCGAUAAGCUUCGAGUAUUACCGUGCAAACAUCCUUAUCAUAGCGAUUGUAUUGACACUUGGUUAACCGAAAACAAACGCGAUUGUCCCAUAUGUAAGCGUAAGGUUUUUACAAAAGGCGAAGCCCGAUCGCCUCGGAAUCGACAAUCUUCAUUGGAUAGCGUGACUGACACUGAUGAUGACACUACUCCUUUGUUGCAGCAAUCCAGCAAUAUGGUUCGGACACAUGCUAUUUCCAACGGUAACAACUCUGUUACAACGAGGCAUGGAACAUUUCGGCGAGGUGGUGAUAGUGUGGGCGGCGAUGGAGGUGGCGGCGGUGAUCAUACCACCGAUGAUGAAAUGCUAAUCCCAUCCGCCCGUCGUAUAAAUCCUUUUGAUCGCACGCCUAAUCUUCCACCGCAUUUGGCAGCCCAAUUAAAUCCAAAUAUCACCAGACGGUCAAUAUGGUCUUGGCCGAUUCUCAGGCUUCUGAGACGUUCGCACUCUCUAAGUAUUGCUGCUCCUCCGUACCCAGAGGAUAUUCUUAAUGAUGUCGUUGCUGCUCAUGUGGAUGCUUUCGUUACAAAUACCGUUGCGGUGGAUUCGUUAAUAGGGCCAGUAAUCGCUGCCUCAGGAUUAUCUUCGAAUAAUAUUUUGAAUCCGAAUUUAAGUGGCUCCUUUAAGGACGACGCCAUUAUCGAUGGUCAAACUAUAAACGAAGAGGAGGAGGACGAAUGUAUUUAUGAACCAGCGACAACGCCCACUAUUUGCUUACACCCUCAAACGAGUAUCAAUUCCACGGAAACAGAUUCGGUCUUCAUACAAACACCGACACAAGGUGGCAUAGCGGUAGCUGCUCUACCUAGUAGUGAUCAUAGUAAUGCGGUGCAACAAAGUCGACCACGUGACACUUAUGAAUAUUAUGUGUAAGAUUUUUGAUGUUUGAUUGUAACAAAAGAAAAAUUUUACUUUUAACACACUAUUCGCGUGCUCCCAUAUAUACUUUUAUACAUAGCCACACACACAUCGUCGCCUAAGCACACACAUCGUCCUGUAAUGUAAAAAUGCAUAUUGUGAAUUUUCUUAAAGAAAAUUUUUUGCAGGUUUAUUUGUAGAAAAACAUACAUAUGAAUAUAUAAAAAAAUAUUUUAAUCUCUCUCGCAUAGUUUUUCUUUAGUAAGACUUUUUAAGAGAUCGUUUGCUCUUUAACAAAAUUUUUUUUAGUAGGCAUGGACAUAAUUAUACGUACAAGUAUUAAAUAAUGAUUUAAGAAUAACAGAUUCAGAACCAUUUUUGUAAGGCCGAAAAGAGCGAAGAAUGAAUUAAUACCCUACAAAAUCAAAGUUUUUGUUGAAUAAAUUUCAAAUAACUCUGAGAAUUAUCUAAGUCUUAAUUAGAAUUAAUUAUGAAUGCGAUUAGUUAAUAAUCUGUCACUAAGUGUAAAAUUAGAAAAGGAAGCAAAAUAUCAGAAUUAUGAAGUUAGUUUAAAUUAAAUUGGAAAUUUUUUAUUUAUAUAUUUAAACUUUUUUGUUAAAUAUUUUUA